CAUAUGUGUAUAUAUUAGCAACGUUUGCUGACGAAAUGGCUAAUCGGAGAAUUAAAGAUCACUAAAAUGCUUGUUAGUAUACACUGGUGGCUAGAAAAAUAUACGGCUAAAAAUGAUCUUCGAAAAGUAAAGUAAAAUUUACAUCUAGCGUACUGAAAAUCCCAUCAAUUUUAAACUUAAUUAAGAAUGAUACAUUUUGAAAUAUAAACAUCUAUCGAAAUUUAGAACUCACAUUUUUUAGCUCUAGAACAGCUGAAUUUUCAUAUAUCAAAGCGGACUAAUCCUAGAGAAAGUAACUCAUUUAAAGAUGGCUAUUAAUUUAUUUCAAUAAAUUAGAGCCAUAAACACUUUUCUAGCCACCAAUGUGUACUGAAAUGCAGUUCGAUGUGCAUACAUUAAACAAUUGCGAACGUAUAAAUACUGUAUCUAUGCUAAGCUAUGCAAAUGCUAAUUAACAACCCUAGCCAUAUAAGUCUGUAAGCGGAUAAAGUCGAACUUGGCUCCAUGAAAACGGAGCUUGUUCAUGGAGAGCAGGCUUUUAUCUGGAAAUGUGUUUCAGCUCUUAACAUUGUGCAACAAAAUGUAAACCAUUUUUAAAUGAUUUGGUUUUAGUUAAAUUGUUGUUUAAAAAACUUGCAUUGGAAAACAGUAAGGCAACCGAAUUUUCCCUUUGAGUCGAAAAGAAUUUGCAAUUAAAUUUUGUUUCAAACCAAUUAAUCUUUAAUUAGAAAAAAUCGAGCUUUUACUAUAGCUUUGUUGACCAAAUAAAUAAAUUUUUUGUUGCACAGUGUUUAAUGUUGGUGGAAAGGAAUGAGUUGUUUUGCCUGUCUUUGAAUUGUCUGCAUGUAUGUAUGUAUGUAAAACCUUAAUUUAAUGAAAAUUUUCAAGACAGAAAUAAAACUGAUAACUACAUUUUAAUCAAAAGACUAUAAAAGCGGUUUUGCGGUUAAACUUUGGUCAUAAACUAAAGAAAUGUUCCCUCAAACCGUUUGGUAUAUAUUUUUGGCGGUGGUUUUCGGACCCAUCCUGGUGUCUUCCGAAGGGAUUGAUUCCUACGAGAACUACUACAACGAGAUCCAUGUGGACGAUGAACAGGCGGAGGCGAAGACCCGUAAUGCAUUGCAAUCGCCACUUCAACGUUGGCCCGGUAACAAGAUAUACUAUCGAGUAUCUACGGACUACAGUGACCAGGAAGUGACCAAUGUUCGGACAGCGAUGACGAGUUUUGGCGAACAGACCUGUGUUCAGUUUGAGGAGAUCGAAGGAUCUCCUCCCGCAGGAAAACGAUAUGUGUUCUUCAAGAAAUCGCCGAAUAUGUGUGGAACUCGAGUGGGCUAUCAACCUUUAUCCUUUGGCCCCCACGAAGUCGUCCUGAAUGAGAGAUGCCUUACCAUGCCGGCUGUUAUCCAGCACGAAACACUCCAUUUAUUGGGACUUUUUCACGAGCAAAGUCGUCCGGAUCGCGAUGAGUAUGUGAAAAUCGACUACGACAAUAUCCCGAGAAAGUACUGGUCGCAGUUCAUGGCCAUGGAUCAGACCACCACUUUCAAUGUUCCCUAUGAUUAUGAGAGUGUUAUGCACUAUGCGAAGAACGCAUUCGCCAAGGAUCCCUCAAAGCCCACUAUCCGUGCUCUAAUCAACGGUGAGGAAGUGGAGAGGGAAAUGGGACAAGUGCGGGGACCAUCGGAGGGUGAUUGGACCAAGAUUCGUUUAAUGUACAAAUGCUAAACGGGAUAAAAUGGCCUGCGAGGACUGGGAUUGGUAAAUAAAGAAUAGAAUUUGGAAUUUGGUGCUUUUGAAUGCGUGCGGGGACUUAUAAAAAAUCGUUUUUGGUUCACGACCAAUUUAAAAAUUUUUGAAAUAUAAUAGAAUGUUUUUUGCAGCCGUUUUUAAUACUCUUAUGACUGCAAUCUGUAAGAAUCCUUUUCUACUUCUGUCCUGUUUAAUUUAUUAAACCUGAGUCAUAUCCAACCGCUCUUAAAUCGGUAGCAGUUUAAUGUCAAUCUUUCACUCUUUCAAUCUCCGUUAAGUGGAAAAGCGUUUUUCUAGCCUCUUGAUAAUGGGUAAUCGCUUGAACAAAAAAGGAAUCCAAGCCCGUACCCAAGGCGAAUGCAUUUGAUUUCUCAAAAGUGCAAGUGUAAGUGUCAGUUAACUCGGCAGCAGACCAAGAAGCUGUUGAAGAAAAAGAAAGAAAGGCUCUUUUGGAUGUUGAAAAGGGGCUGCAGUGGAUUGGGCAUGAGGCCAAGCGACUGGGCAGCAAACAAUCCAAAUCCCUGGCACUUAAUGUGCACUAAGUGCUUAAGAAGGCCGAAUGUCUGAAGCUGCCCAUCUGAGCUCACUCCCUUCUCCAGUUACCUCCCACCUCUAAACGGUCUGCCAAACGCCUCCUUUCCAAAAUUAUGCCAAGAAGAAAUAUAAA